AUGGUGGAUAAUAUGUGGAAAACCCUAUAUAAAUUAACUAGAACUCUUCAAGACUAUCCUGGGUCAAAAAGAGUAGCAGAAAUUGUACGUGGUCGAGUAGAUGAUUUUAAAAAGUAUUUACCAGUAUUAGAUACAAUUUGUAAUCCGGGUAUACACGAUAGACAUUGGACAGAAAUUAGCAAAAAUGUUGGUGUAGAGUUACAUCCUAAUGAAUCAUCAACUUUGUCUCAAAUGAUUGAUAUUGGUUUACUGGAUUAUAUUGAAAAACUUGAAGAAAUUAGUGUUAUUGCAACUAGAGAAUAUUCUCUUGAACAAAAUCUUCGAAAAAUGAAAGAGGAAUGGAUACCCAUUGAAUUUGAAUGUAGCCCAUACCGGGAUACUGGAGUUAGCAUAUUAACGGCGUUAGAUGACAUUCAGGUUAUGUUAGAUGAUCAUAUACUGAAAGCUCAAACAAUGCAUGGAUCGGUUUAUAUAAAACCUUUUGAAGAAGAAAUGGAUAUAUGGGAAAAAAAAUUAAUUUUGAUGCAAGAAAUUUUAGACCUAUGGAUUUCAGUGCAAGGGAUUUGGAUGUAUUUAGGUCCAAUAUUUAGUUCAGAAGACAUAAACCGUCAGAUGCCCGAAGAAGCUAGAAAUUUUAGGACUGUAGAUGCUAUUUGGCGUCAUAUUAUGAUUAACACUGUUAAAAAUAAUAAAGUUCUCGAAGCUACAAAUUAUCCAAACAUGUUACAAUUACUAAAAAGGUGCAGUGUUAUGUUUGAGCAGAUACAAAAAGGGUUAAAUGAGUACUUGGAGAAAAAACGUCUUUUCUUUCCACGAUUUUUCUUUUUAUCCAACGACGAACUCCUCGAAAUUUUAUCCGAGACCAAAAACCCACUACGGGUACAACCUCAUCUUAAAAAAUGUUUCGAAGGUAUUGCGAAAUUAAACUUUACAAAAAGCAUAGAAAUUGUGGGAAUGAUAUCAGCUGAGGGUGAAGUAGUAGAAUUUAAUGGAAUAAUUUAUCCCGCUGAGGCUAAGGGCUUAGUAGAAAAAUGGUUAAUCCAGGUUGAAAUUUUAAUGAUGCAGUCAAUAAACACAAUUAUUAACGAUGCAGUAAAAAAAUACGCUAAUACAAAUCGGUCUGAAUGGGUACUUCAGUGGCCAGGUAUGGUAGUUUUAUGUGCUGCGACAAUAAAUUGGACUGCCGAAGUAGAAACUGCUGUGGAAAAAAGAACACUUCCUGCCUACUUACAGAAAAGUAAUAAUCAAAUAGACAAUUUGGUAAGUUUAGUGCGUGGCACAUUAAGCAAAGGCGAAAGGGCAACGGUGUGUGCUUUGAUAGUUAUAGAUGUUCACGCUCGUGACGUUGUUAAAAAUCUUAAAGUUCUGAAAAUAAGUAGUAUUCGAGAUUUUAAUUGGAUUAGUCAACUUAGGUAUUAUAAUAGAAAUUCAAAAACUACUGUGUCGAUGAUAACUACUACUUUAGACUAUGGAAAUGAAUAUUUAGGAAAUACACCAAGAUUGGUAAUUACUCCAUUAACAGAUCGAUGUUACAGAACGCUUAUGGGUGCAUUAAAAUUAUACCUUGGGGGGGCUCCAGAAGGUCCAGCCGGUACUGGAAAAACAGAAACUACAAAAGAUUUAGCCAAAGCAAUUGCCAAACAAUGUGUCGUAUUCAAUUGUUCUGAAGGACUUGAUUUCAAAGCUAUGGGCAAAUUUUUCAUGGGAUUAGCACAAUCUGGAGCGUGGGCAUGUUUUGAUGAAUUUAAUAGAAUUGAACUUGAAGUGUUGUCGGUUAUCGCUCAGCAAGUGUAUAUUAUACAAAUGGCGGUAAAAGCUAAAAAGGAAAAAUUCAUAUUUGAAGGCACAGAGUUAACAUUAAAUCCCACUUGUGCAGUUUUUAUAACUAUGAAUCCAGGAUAUGCUGGACGACAAGAACUACCCGAUAACUUGAAAGUAUUGUUCCGUACAGUUGCUAUGAUGGUACCAGAUUACGCUAUGAUUGGAGAAAUAUCAUUAUAUUCUAUGGGUUUUAGUGAUGCUAGAAGUUUGGCUGAAAAAAUUGUUGACACAUAUAAGUUAUGUUCAGAACAAUUGUCAUCUCAAUCACAUUACGAUUAUGGAAUGAGAGCAGUUAAAUCUGUAUUAACAUCUAUUGAAAAUUUGAAACUUAAAUAUCCUGGUAACAACGAAGAGCAAAUUGUACUAAGAGCUAUAUACGAUGUCAAUAUGCCGAAAUUUUCAUCGGAGGAUAUACCACUUUUUGUUGGUAUAUACGGAGAUUUGUUCCCCGGUGUUGAUCUCUUGGUUCCAGAAAGAGAAGAGCUUAUAAAUAAAAUAAACAUCAACUUAAGUAAAAGGAAUUUACAAAGUACUCCGUGGUUCAUUGACAAAAUAAUACAAGUAUAUGAAAUGGUUUUGGUUAGACACGGACUUAUGAUUGUUGGUGAACCAUUUUCAGGAAAAACUUGUGCCUAUCAGGUCUUGGCAGAAUCGUUAGGUGAUUUACAACUCGACCGUAAAGCCCUAAUGAACGAAUUUAAAACCACGUUCAAAAUAAUCAAUCCAAAAGCAAUUACUCUUGGUCAAUUGUAUGGUUCAUUUGAUGCUGUUUCGCACGAAUGGUAUGAUGGAGUCUUAGCAAUCGUAUUUAGAGAAUUUGCAAACAGUGUAUCAAAGGAUCGUAAAUGGAUUGUAUUUGAUGGCCCUGUUGAUGCGGUAUGGAUAGAAAAUAUGAACACAGUGUUGGACGAUAACAAAAAACUGUGCUUAAUGUCCGGAGAAAUAAUUCAGAUGAAUAAUAAAAUGAACAUGGUAUUUGAACCUGCAAAUUUAGAACAAGCUUCACCUGCAACAGUAUCUCGCUGUGGUAUGAUUUAUGUGGAACCGAAACAGCUAGGUUGGAGAACUUUUUGGUUUUCUUAUAAGCAAACUCUUUCUUCUAAAAUUUUACCAGACCAACAAAUUAUGAUGGAUGAUUUAAUCGAAUGGAUGGUACCUGCCGUAUUUGAAUUUAUACAAAGGCAUUGCAGUUUAUUUUUAGCUACUUCUGAAAAUCAUAUGUUUAACUCCUUUACAAGGUUAACAGAAUGUAUGAUUAAAGAAGAAACCGGAGUUGGAUUUGCAACCAUGAUGUUGGGAUGUAUAAUAAUUUUCAGUAUGAUUUGGAGUUUUGGUUCCUUAAUAAAGGGCGAUAGCCGAAAUAAAUUUGAUACAUUUUUACGGAAACUUCUUCUUGGAAAUAUUGAUGAAUAUCAGAAACCAGCUACUUUUAGGUUGACAAAAGCAAACCUUUUUCCAGAUAUGGGCACAGUUUAUGAUUAUGUGUAUGAUUAUAAAAAUAAUGGCUCUUGGGUCUUAUGGUCUGAAAAAUUGGAAUUUAAAAUGAUCUCACCAGAUGCUAGAAUAAAUGACUUAAUCAUUGAAACGGAUGAAACAGCAAAGCAAAAUUUCUUUCUUCAAAUAUUGUUAAAAAAUGAAAUUCCUUUACUGUUUGUUGGUCCCACUGGUACUGGAAAAUCAGCUAUUGUACUGGACUACUUAAUACAUUUGCCAAAAGAAAAUUUUUUAGCUAAUGUUCUAAACUUCUCAGCACGGACCGCAGCUAACACUGUACAAGACAUAAUCAUUUCUAAAUUGGAAAAGCGAAAAAAAGGUGUUUUUGGACCGUCUGCUGGGAAAAAAUGUAUGUUGUUUGUAGAUGAUUUAAGUAUGCCAUUACCAGAAAAAUAUGGUGCUCAACCUCCGAUAGAAUUGUUAAGACAAUGGAUUGAUCAUGGUAAUUGGUAUGAUCUUCAAACUAAGUCAAGAAUAGAUAUAAUCGACAUGUUGUUUAUUGGUGUACUUCAACCUCCUGGUGGCGGUUCGAAUUCAGUUACUACUCGUUUCACUAGACAUAUGAAUGCUAUUGGUAUUGAUUCAUUCAGUCAAGAAACUAUGUCUAAAAUUUUUUCUCAAAUUAUGAAAUGGCAUUUUAAUAAAGGAUUUGCCGAGACUAUCGCAUUACAAGGAAUUAAUGUUGUAGAAGCUAUAUUGUUUGUGUACAAAGAAGCAGUCACCACAUUUUUACCGACUCCUGCUAAGUCUCACUAUACUUUCAAUCUCAGAGAUUUUACCAGAGUUAUAAAAGGAAUAUUAUUGUUGCCAGCAUCGCGGUGUAAAACUCUUGAAAAAAUGUUUCGACUGUGGGUACACGAGACAUGGCGUGUAUUUGGUGAUAGAUUAGUUCAUGACGACGACCGUAAUAUAUUAUUUGAAAUAAUGAAAACAGCAUCUUAUAAUUGUUUGAGACAACCAAUGGACGUUUAUCUUAGUGAUUUAAUGCCAAUCGAAGAGAGCUUUUUAAAUUCUGAUCAUUUACGAAACCUUUUUUAUGGAAAUUACAUGGAUCCAGAUAGUGAUAAAAAAAUUUAUGAUGAAGUUCAUAGUGAAAAACUACUAAUCAAACGAAUGGAAUAUUAUUUGAACGAGUACAAUACUAUGUCUAAAAGUCCAUUAUCAAUGGUUAUGUUUAAGUUUGCCAUUGAACAUGUAUCUCGUGUAAGUAGAGUCUUACAACAAGACAAUGGCCAUGUGCUAUUGGUUGGAAUAGGUGGCAGUGGAAGACAAUCAGCUACAAAGUUGGCCACAUUUAUAGCCGAUUAUAAAAUAUUUCAAAUUGAAAUAGGAAGGAAUUAUGGUAAAAAUGAAUGGAAUGAAGAUAUGAAAAAAAUAUUAAGAUAUGCUGGAUGCGAAGGAAAUCCUAUUACAUUUUUUUUAUCUGACAAUCAAAUUGCAGAAGAAAGCUUUGUUGAAGAUAUAAACAUGUUACUUAAUACUGGAGAUAUACCAAAUCUUUAUCAAUCUGAUGAACGAGUUGAUAUUUUAGAUAAAAUAUCCAAUAUUGCUCAGGGUCUCGAGAAAAACAUUGAAACAACACCUCUCGCUUUAUACAAUUUCUUUAUAGAAAGAGUCAAAGAAAACCUUCAUCUUACUUUAGCUAUGUCACCAAUUGGCGAUGUAUUUAGAAACCGCUUGAGAAUGUUUCCUUCACUCAUUAAUUGUUGUACAAUUGACUGGUUUACAGUUUGGCCUGAAGAUGCUCUUGAGAAAGUUGCAGAAUAUUAUUUAAAAGAUAUGUCUAUUAACAGUGAUAUUGCAUCAUCGUGUGUAGUAAUUUGUAAAGAAUUUCAUACGACGGCUAGAGAUGCUUCUUUUAGGUUUUAUUCAGCUUUAAAGAGGCAUAACUAUGUUACACCAACAUCAUAUUUAGAGUUGAUUAAAACAUUUAAAAACUUACAUAAAAAGAGGGUAGAUCAAAUCACAACUAUGCGUAAUAGAUAUGAAACUGGAUUGGACAAAUUAGACUUUGCUGCUGGCCAAGUAUCUGUUAUGCAAGAUCAACUUACAGCUUUAAAACCAAAACUUGUAGAAACAUCGUUGGCGACUAAAGCUCUUUUGGUUAAAAUUGCACAAGACACUGUAAAAGUUGAAGCCAAAAAACAAUUAGUGGGUGCCGAUGAAGCCCUCGCUAAUGAGGCUGCAGCAGAAUCACAGGCUAUUAAAGAUGAGUGUGAAAGUGAUUUAGCUGAGGCCAUACCAGCCCUCGAAGCUGCAGUAUCAGCCCUAAAUACUCUUAAACCUGCUGAUAUUACCUUAGUAAAAUCUAUGAAAAAUCCACCACAUGGUGUCAAGUUAGUCCUAGAGGCAGUUUGUGUUAUGAAAGGAAUAAAAUCUGAACGUAAACCAGAUCCCAAGGGCUCUGGGAAGAUGAUUGAAGAUUAUUGGGGACCUUCUCAGAAACUUAUUUCAGAUACUAAGUUUUUAGAAAGUUUAAAAACAUAUGACAAAGAUAAUAUAGAUCCUGCAAUCAUGAAAAAUAUAAGAGAAAAAUAUAUAAGUGAUCCAGCCUUCGAUCCAGUUACUAUCAGAUCUGUUUCUAAUGCGUGUGAAGGCCUUUGUAAAUGGAUACGAGCGUUGGAUGUAUAUGACAAAGUAAUAAAGGUAGUUGGACCUAAACAAGAAAAACUUCAGCAAGCGGAAUCGGAUUAUAACGCUCAAAUAGAAAAACUCAACGAGAAAAGAGCUGAACUUGCUGGGUUGACGCGAGCUGAACAAUUAAUUAAUGGACUUAGCGGAGAAAAGCAUAGGUGGAGCCAAACCGCUCUGGACUUGACACUAACCCUGGAUAACGUGAUUGGUGAUGUAUUGUUAUCUGCAGGUGUUGUUGCUUAUCUUGGGGCAUUUACCGUUGACUUUAGAAAUGUACUUAUUGAUGAAUGGAACCAAAAGUGUUCAAAAACAAAUAUUCCUUGUUCAAAACAGUUUUCAUUAAUACAUACAUUAGGAGAGCCAGUUUUAAUUCGGGAAUGGAAUAUAUUUGGACUUCCAGCUGAUAAUUUUUCAGUUGAAAAUGGGAUUAUUGUAUUUAGUGGUACCAGAUGGCCUUUAAUGAUUGAUCCCCAAGGUCAAGCAAAUAAAUGGAUAAAAGCUUUGGAAAGUACAAAUAAUCUUUCUGUAAUUAAACUGACAAAUUCAAAUUAUAUGACUUCGAUACAAUUAGCCAUUGAACAUGGCUUGCCAGUUCUCUUAGAAAAUGUACAAGAAGACAUAGAUGCCACACUUGACCAAGUACUUCUAAAAAAUAUCUAUAAGCAAGGUGGAAUUGAAUACUUGAGAUUUGGCGAUAAUUUGUUGGAAUAUAAUCACUCAUUUCGAUUUUACAUCACAACACGACUUCGAAAUCCUCAUUAUUUGCCAGACAUUUCUGUUAAAGUGACACUAUUAAACUUUAUGAUAACACCACAAGGGCUUGAAGAUCAAUUGCUAGGGAUUGUUGUUGCUAAAGAACGACCUCAGUUGGAGGAAAAAAAAAACGAAUUAAUAGUUGAAAGUGCUAAUAAUAAAAAAUCGUUGAAGGAAAUCGAAGACAAUAUAUUAUAUAUUCUAUCGUCGUCCGAAGGAAAUAUUUUGGAGGAUGAAUCAGCAAUAAAAGUUUUAUCUUCGUCAAAAACAUUAUCAGUUGAAAUUCAAUUAAAGCAAGAAAUUUCUAUAAUAACUGAACAAGAAAUUGAUGUAGCUCGUAACGUUUAUAUUCCUGUGUCUAAACAUUCUUCAGUUUUAUUUUUCUGUAUCACUGAUCUAAAUAAUAUCGAUCCAAUGUAUCAAUAUUCAUUAUCAUGGUUUAUAAACUUAUAUUAUCAGUCGAUUUCACAAAGUGAAAAGUCGGAUGACAUUAAUGAAAGAAUAAAGAUUUUGAAUGAUUAUUUCACUUACAACAUCUACCGAAACGUUUGCAGAUCUUUAUUUGAAAAAGACAAACUGAUUUUUUCAUUUAUUUUAACAGUUGGAAUUUUUCGGUCCAAGGGUAUAAUUGACGAUGAGUUAUUUACGUUAUUUCUUACUGAAGGAGUUGGAUUAACCAAUGAACACCCCAAUCCGGCUUCCAAGUGGUUAAGUGAUAAGUCAUGGGCUGAAACUGUUCGAGCAUCUCAACUACCAAGAUUAAAUAAGUUCUAUCAAUCAAUUAUCGAUUCAAAUGAUGAGUGGAACAAAUGGUAUGAUUCAAAUAAUCCACAAGACACGCCUAUUCCAGAGCCUUUUAAAAAUAUCGAUGGCCUUGAAAAACUUGUAAUUAUAAAGUGUAUUCGUUUUGAUAAAGUAGUUCCAGCUAUUCAGAAAUAUGUUGUAAGUAGCAUGGGUCAGAAAUACGUAGAACCUCCAGCGUUUGACUUAGCAGAUUCGUUCAAAGAUUCAAACUGUUGUAGUCCACUGAUUUUUAUAUUAUCAGCGGGAACGGAUCCGAUGUCUAGUUUGAUGAAAUUUUCCGAAGACAGAAAAAUUAGCCAAUCCGAUGUAAUGACUAUAUCACUUGGUCAAGGACAGGGUCCAAUAGCUGCUAACAUGAUAAAAUUGGGCUUAGAAACUGGUAAAUGGGUUGUGUUACAAAAUUGUCAUUUAGCUGUUAGCUGGAUGAAAGAACUUGAUCGCAUUUGUAAUGACGAUAUUAUACCCAGUCGUACACAUCUAUCUUUCCGUCUUUGGCUUACAAGUUAUCCAUCUGAUGAUUUCCCUGUUUCUAUACUACAGAACGGAAUUAAAAUGAUCAACGAAGCUCCGAAAGGUCUCUGUGCAAAUUUGUAUCGUUCGUAUACAACUAACCCUAUUAAUGAUCCAGAAUUCUACCUUAGUUGUAAGAACCGUAUAGGUUUGAAAACGUUAUUAUUUUCACUAUGUUUUUUCCAUGCAAUCAUUCAAGAACGUCGAAAGUUUGGACCACUUGGUUGGAAUAUACCAUAUGAAUUUAACGACUCGGAUUUGCAAAUCAGCGUGAUGCAGUUAAAUAUGUUUUUGAAUGAUUAUGAUGAAAUUCCGUUCGAAGCUUUACUUUAUUUAAUUGGUGAAUGUAAUUAUGGUGGUAGAGUCACUGAUGACAAAGAUAGACGUUUAUUGACAUCUUUGUUGUUAAUUUUUUUCAACUCAAAUGUUAUUAACAACAAUUUGUACACAUUUUCUGAGAGUGGACUGUAUCAUAUACCUAAAGACGUCACCUUAACUGGAUGCUUAGAAUACAUUAAAUCUUUACCCAUGAAUCCGCAACCAGAGGUAUUUGGACUGCAUGAGAAUGCUGACAUAACAAAAAAUAACUAUGAAACUCUUAUGUUAUUGAAUGGUACCAUUUUAACUCAAUCUCAAAUCGCAGCGGGAAGUAGUGAUAAAGAUGCAGAUGCAAAAACAGUAGAGCUAGCUAGUAAUAUUGCGAAAAACAUUCCAGAUUUAUUUGACAUAAUUGAAGCAACAAAAAAAUAUCCAACAAUGUAUGAACAAUCAAUGAAUACUGUAAUAAGACAGGAAUUGAUACGUUUCAACAGACUAUUGUCUGUUAUAAAAAAAUCACUAGUGGAUGUACAAAAAGCUAUUAAAGGUAUUGUUGUCAUGUCAUCUGAUUUAGAAGAAUUAAAUACGAGUCUAGUCAUUGGACGAGUACCGGCCAACUGGUUGAAUUAUUCGUACCCCUCAUUGAAGCCAUUAGGCGGUUAUGUUGCAGAUUUAUUACAGAGAUUAAAAUUCCUACAAGACUGGCUGGAUAAUGGAAUGCCAGAAGUAUUUUGGCUUUCUGGUUUUUAUUUUACACAGUCUUUCUUAUCGGGUGUGCUUCAGAAUUUUUCGCGUAAAAACAAAAUACCUAUUGAUAAGCUUGGAUUUGAGUUUGAAGUAACAAUAUAUGAACCUGAAAUGGAAUUGAAGGAUAUGCCUGAACAGGGAGUCUAUUGUCGAGGCUUAUUUUUAGAAGGAGCUAGAUGGGAUCGAGAACUACAAAUAUUAAAUGAAUCCUAUCCAAAAAUUCUUUUCGAUACUGUUCCAAUUAUUUGCUUUAAACCGGGAAUUAAAUCCGAGUUCGAGGAGAAAAUGUAUUACGACUCUCCUACUUACAAGACAAGUGCUCGUCGAGGUGUUCUUUCCACCACAGGCCAUUCGACAAAUUUUGUGAUGUUUAUAAACUUUUUAAUUGAUCGACCUAAAGAUCAUUGGAUCAAUCGGGGCACCGCUUGCUUGUGUCAAUUGGACAAUUAA